AUGGGCACCGCUUUUCUGCCGCACGCUUGGCUCCCUGGCAGGAUUUGGAACAUAGGGCACAUAUCAGUUAGUGUGCUUGCAGCGCGUCAUGACUCAUCGUCAGCUCCUGCCGCGAACUCCCGGAGAAAGGAGUGGCAACUCACCUGGCGAUGCUGUUGCCUCUGUCAGCCCACCGCCACCGCCUCUCCUGCGUGUGCUCCUCCAACACUGCUGGCAGAUCCAGGAUGUGUUCCCUGCAAGUCUUCGAUUGUCGGCGCAGGUCGCGGCCAGGAGCUCCUCUUCAAGUGCAGCAAGAUUUUUAAUUAA